UGAAUUUUCGAAAUAUGACGGAUAGCCCUUCUGCCAGAAGCAUUGGGUGACUCGUUAUCUUUCCACGAGCUUUGGCAUUUUAAGAUGUAAGUGGCAGCAGAGGACAUCAAGCAUUUACAUAUUAGGUACCGAUGAACUCGUCUCUAGCAAUAACAGCAAUGCUUCUGGUAGUUCUUCAGGCAUUCACCGGACAAGGUCCAGUAUGGAUAUGUCGUCCAGUAAACGUGGGGUAUCUUAAGCUCCAACAACUGCAUCGAAGGCAUAUUUAUGUCGACUUUAAGUACUAUUGUAGGUCAUCGGCUGCUUCACGCCGCCAAUCCUUGCUUCCUACUUCUGCUUCUUCUUCUGCCCCUGCCGGCCCUUCCAUUCCAACAUCAUCAUCGAUUCCGCAACCACUACCGACACCACAAUUGCAACCGAUCCGCACUUCCACAUUCGUUCCUUACAUUAAUUCUCGCUCUCGUUUCUCCUCCAAACUCCACACCAGCUUCCAACCCCACAACGACCACCUGAAAUUCCCGUAGAACCAAACGUCAAAAAGCUUUUCCGUAGUUUUUUAAAGCAAUAAACGUUUCUUGUAAAUAAAUUCGAGUAUCGUCGCAAGUACGAUAAUCCGUUAGUGACUCUGAUUGGGG